AUGAUCAGAACAAAGACGGCCUCUUUGGUAUCCAGAACAGCAACAUUCACACGUUGUUUGAACGUUCCAGGUCAACUACGUCUUUAUUCCUCCAACACAAGACCAAACAAGGCCACCACUACAAGGGAAAACACAUUUCAAUCGCAAAUAUACGAUGAAAAAUUCUUAAAGAAAACACCCAUCGGAUCACAAGCUGCCAAGAUAUACAAUUCUCAUCCAGCCAAGACCACUCGUUUGGCUACUGAUGGUACCAUUGAAUGUCCAUUGGAAUCGUUCCAAUUGUUGAAUUCUCCCCUUUUCAACAAGGGUUCCGCUUUCACUCAGGAGGAAAGAGAAGCCUUUGAUUUGGAAGGUUUGUUACCACCACAAGUGAAUACAUUGGAUGAACAAUUGGAAAGAUCAUACAAGCAAUUAUGUUUCUUGAAGACGCCAAUUGCGAAGAACGAUUACAUGACGAAUUUACGUGUACAGAAUAAAGUUCUUUAUUUUGCCCUGGUGAAGAAACAUAUUAAGGAAUUGGUGCCUAUUAUUUACACUCCCACUGAAGGUGAUGCCAUUGCUGCUUAUUCCCAUAGAUUUAGGAAACCAGAAGGUGUGUUCUUGGAUAUCACUGAACCUGAUUCCGUGGAACGCAGAUUGGCUGUUUAUGGGAAGGAUAAGGAUGUGGAUUAUAUUGUUGUUUCAGAUUCUGAAGGUAUCUUGGGGAUUGGUGAUCAAGGUAUUGGUGGGAUCCGUAUUUCCGUGUCCAAGUUAGCAUUGAUGACUUUAUGUGGGGGGAUUCACCCUGGGAGAGUGCUACCAGUCUGUUUGGAUGUGGGUACUAAUAAUAAGAAAUUGGCAAGAGAUGAACUUUAUAUGGGUAAUAAGUUUUCCAGAAUUAGAGGGAAACAAUAUGAUGAAUUUGUAGAUAAAUUUAUUCAAGCUGUCAAGAAAUUAUAUCCAAAUGCUGUUUUACAUUUUGAAGAUUUCGGUGUGAAGAAUGCUAGAAGGAUCUUGGAACGUUAUCGUAAUGAACUUUCGUGUUUCAAUGAUGAUAUUCAAGGUACGGGUGCUGUUGUGAUGGCAUCAUUAAUUGCUGCCUUGAAGCAUAGUCAUAGAGAUUUGAAAGAUUGUAAAGUUUUAGUUUAUGGUGCUGGUUCCGCAGGGUUAGGUAUUGCAGAUCAAAUUGCUAGUCAUAUGAUGAAUCAUGGAUUAAGUGAACAAGAGGCGCGUUCCAAGAUUUUCAUAAUGGAUAGACGUGGGUUAAUCUUACAAUCGUACGAAGCAGGGUCCACACCACAACAACAUAUUUAUGCCAAGCCUGAUGAAGAUUGGGAUUUCAUUAAUACAAAAUCAUUGAAAGAAGUUGUUGGUGGUGUGCAACCUACCUGUUUGGUUGGUUGUUCCACGCAAGCAGGUGCGUUCAAUGAAGAAGUCAUUAAGGAGAUGUACAAGCAUAAUCCCAGACCAAUUGUUUUCCCAUUAUCCAACCCAACGAGAUUACAUGAAGCCGUCCCAGAAGAUUUAAUGAAAUGGACAGAUAACAAUGCAUUAAUUGCCACUGGUUCACCAUUUGCAGAUGUGGAUGGAUACCGUAUUUCUCAAAAUAACAAUUGUUACUCCUUCCCCGGUAUUGGGUUAGGUGCGGUGUUAGCACGCUCGACCACUAUUAGUGACAAGAUGAUUUCUGCCGCUGUGGAUGAAUUAGCCUCUCUUUCUGAAUUGAAAGAAGGUGAUUCCACCCCUGGGUUAUUGCCAGGUUUGGAAGUCAUCAACAAUACCUCUGCAAGAAUUGCGGCUGCGGUUAUCUUGAAAUCCAUUGAAGAAGGUACAGCCCGUAUUGAACAAGAAGAAGUUCCAGAUAGACCUGGCGUGAUGGUUGAAGUUCCACGAGAUUUUGAGAAAUGUGUGGAAUGGGUGAAGGAUCAAAUGUGGGAACCCGUUUAUAGACCCAUGGUUAAAGUGGAUCAUGACCCAGCUGUUCACACCAACCAAUUAUGA